AUGGAUGAGACGACGAGAGAACUGAAUAAGUUAGCAAUUAUGCAACUGAAGUUGUUUUCUGACUUCCUACAAGUAAGUAAGCAGUUGGAAUCGGUACUGGACAGUUAUCGUUAUAACCUUUCAAAAACAAAGUCUAUAUUAGGGUUCUCUACAACAGCCGCAGCAUUUCUUGACAGUCGCGAUAUGGAACCUACUGUUCGCGUAACGAUUCAAGAUGGCGUUUUUGAACUCGAUGGUAACGAACCAGCCACUUCAAAUUCAAAGCCUCAUUUCCGACCAUUUGGCGUUUUUGAACCGCAGCAUGCACGACUGGCGCGAAAAAACAUCACCAGUUCACUUUCUUUGAUUUGUGAGCUUGCAUCAAUCAAAAAAGAGCUUAUUGAUCUUGAAAGUAAAUACAGUAGCUUGCGGGAAUUGGUUGAAGAUAGAAGCGGUAGUGCUAAGGCAUCGAACUGUGGCCACGUGAUUUGUGUCUUGAGGACACUAAAAGCAACUCAGACCUUAAGUAACACUUGUGUAUUUACCAUAUUAGGCACAAGGAGAAUAGUACGAAAGAUGAAAUUUGCACAGCAGUACCCCACUAAUAAUGAAAUACCAGAAAUCAGUUUAAGUGUGGUUACUACGCUCCUUUCUACAGGUCUUUUGGCGUCAGUUUUACUGGUCUCGUAA